AUAGUUUGCCAGCCCUGGUAUCAAGCAACAAAUUUUCGUCGCGUUGUAAAAAUGUGUGCAUUAACGCAACCUUAAAAUUGUAUAUUUAUCUUUAUUUUAUGUAAUAUUACAACUCAAGAGUUGAGUGUACCCACUACGUGCAAAGCUUUGAAAAUAUUGACACCAUAAAUAAGUGUGUCGAAAAUACCACCAAAAAAUCCCAAGCGACAGCAACAACAAAAGCAAAAUCGACUCUUUUUCGAUACAACAUUUUUUGGGCACACACCAAAAACGGCAAAGUAACUAAAAAACGCUGAAUUUACGACCGCACCGUAAUUCAAAAAACAAUGGAUGAGCACCAUGACAUGGACUUGUCCAAGGUGUAUGUUGUUCGCUCCGCCAAGGGCGUGGACAUGCUCUGUGUCGAUGAUUAUCUUUAUCAUUUCGAUCGCAUUGGCAAAAGCAACACAUACCGCUGGCUGUGCAAUCGUCGCAAGGAUAAAGUGACACCAUGCCGAUCUCGUAUUUCCACAAUUGUGCCCGAUGCCAUGGACAAGGCCACGCACAUUGUGGUCGAUGUUAUACAGGGACAUGUGCAUCCACGCUGCAGCGAUCAUGAGAUCACAAAAGUCUCACAACGCAAGCGUUUGUCCAACAUGAAAAUGAAUGAUGCGUACAGUACUACACAGCCAAAACGAGCCCGAUUAUAUGAGCGUGCUACGGCGGGACUUAAUCCACCUGAAUGGAUAUCUACUAGCAGGGACAGCGACUCACUGCAAUACUCCUUUCAUUUGGACUUUGAGCAGGACAAGGAUCGGGUUUAUAUGCUACGGCGUCGGGAUGGUCGGGUCAUGGUCUGCAUCGAUGGUCACUUAUACUAUCUGGCUGGCAAGUCCUACAAGGGCGACAUGUAUCGAUGGACGUGUGUGCGGAAGCGUGACAUUGAAUGCACCGCCAAAAUCUGCACUGAGGCGACAUUGGCUGGAGCACAUCGUUUGCACGUUACGGAUUCGGAUGCACAUAUACAUCCACACUAUUCGGCCGACAAGCUGAUGCAGAUGUUUGCCAGGCAUCAGAUUCUAUUGGUGGAGGAUGAGCAAACCGUAGAGGUUCUUCAGGAAUGCCCCAAUCUGGACUACUUUGAUCCCGAACUAAGUUUCGAGUCCCAAAUGAAGGGCGAUGAUGUGGAGUCAAUAAUAAUUGAGGAUUGUGAGGAUAACUACGAGGAGUACAGUAAUGUGGCUAACGAGGAAGUGUCCGAGUCGGUGUUUCCGGAUCAGCAGCAAGAGCAAUCCACUUCCUAUGCUGAUGAAGACACUAAAUGGCCAAAUGGUGCGGACAUUAUUGAUAAUUAUGAAUCACCUGCAGACUAUGAUCCGCUGACGGAGACGGAUUUGACCAAGUUCACGUUUUUGCCCUCAGCCAAGGGUCGCAAGGUGCUCUGCCUGGAUCGGCAUCUCUUCCACUUUGACUCGCAGAGUCGGUCCAAUGGACACAUGUUCUUUACGUGUAUUAUGCGACGCGAUAAGCAGCAGAGCUGUCAUGUACGCGUCACCCUAGAUCCCGUCGAAAAUGGACCAGAGGUCUUGCGGAUCAACGGUGAGCAUACGCACAAACCUGAUCUCCAGGAGAUUCAGCGGCGUAUCAAUCAACAACAGAAGAGAAAGUGCGACUUUAUUCUGCAUGUCAAGCAGGAACAGGAUGAGUCGCUUGGCAAUGAAGUCGAGUUCGAGAGUAAUGACGAGGAGGAGCAGGAAUAUGUGGAGGAAGCGGCGACAGUAUCUGAACAAGACAGCAGCUAUGAGCAGCCAAAGGAUCAAUCACAGCCCGACAAUUCAAGCGACAAACGUCGCAAUGUAACCAUGAAAAAAGUCAUUGGUAUUGAUGGCAUCAAAAUGGCACCCGAGAAGGAGAAGGUCGCCUCCAUGAUUGUCCAGUAUAUGGACGAUGGCGCCGACAACAUUAGCGCCAAAAUAGAGAUACUUCCCAAUACCUUGGACAACUUAGGAGCCACCACAUCGACGCCCAAGCCACAAUUAACCAAUACACGUAAGAGACGCGCCAACACACAGGCAACAACAAUCAAUGUCAAUCAGAUAACGCCCUCCGACAUGGAUCUGACCAAGAUAUGCACUCUACGCUCGGCGAAGGGCAGCGAAAUGCUUUGCGUGGAUGGAUAUAUCUAUCAUGCGAAGAAUCGUGGUCUCAUCUCACGCAAUUAUUGGGUGUGCAUCAAGUGCCGCGAUCCGGAGAUCAAUUGCAAGAGUCGUAUAUCAACGGCCACCCAAAAAGACGGAUCGAUACGUGUUCUGCGGGUUUACAACAGCCACAAUCAUCCAUUCAGUGAGGAUGACAUUAAACGACGACUCUUCAACGAGAUCAACAAAAAGAACAACAAGAAACUCAAGUUUCGACCACUGCACUUCAUUGGCAAGUCACUGGAGCAAAUCAAACAGGAGUUUGGCGAUCUGGCUGUCGAACGCCUCAAUGUGUCCAACCUGACCGAUGGCAUUGUUGUCCACAAGAAGCCGAGGAGCAGCACAGGCACAAGUCAUACUGGGAUCACUUCCACAACAGCCUCAGGAACUAGAGCAAAAGUAACUAAAGUAGCUAAGAGAGUAGAUGCUACACCCAAGAUUGUGUCACAGGUGGAGGAGCACAGUCAGCAUGACUAUGAUGAGGAUGGAGUCAUUGUAGAGGAGGAGGAGGAGGGAGAUGGCGAGAAUACAACUUUGCACGAGGAUAGUGAAUUCCUGACUGUGGAAGAUGACAACGCGGAUGCAAUCAUCGAAGUAGUCGAAGAAGUUGCAGACAUGGAAAACUAUGGCACCAUUGAACCCAUUUAUACGAUGAAGCUGUACGCCGUAUCCGAUGGACCGCCCUCGCUGGCCGUGCGAAUGACUCUGAAGGCGAUGCACAUUCAAUACCAGCUCAUUAAUGUGGACUUUUGUGCCUUGGAACAUCGUACUGAGGACUACGCCAAGAUGAAUCCACAAAAGGAGAUACCUGUGCUGGAUGAUGACGGCUUUCAUCUGUCUGAGAGCAUUGCCAUUAUGCAAUAUCUGUGCGAUAAGUAUGCGCCGUUAUCGACACUGUAUCCGGUGGAUCCCAAUGAACGGGCUUUGGUCAAUCAGCGGCUCUGCUUCAACAUGGGCUUCUACUAUGCACCCAUUUCGGCCCACAGCAUGGCGCCCAUAUUCUUUGAUUAUGAACGCACUCCCAUGUCGCUGAAGAAGGUCGAGAAUGCGCUCGAAGUGUUUGAGACAUAUUUGCAGCGCUUGGGCACAAAGUAUGCGGCAUCUGAUAAUGUUACCAUUGCGGAUUUUGCAUUGGUAUCAUCCACACUGUGCCUGGAAGCUAUUGACUUUGAUCUGUCACCUUAUCCGCUGGUACAGAAGUGGUAUUCCACCUUUAAGGCAGAGUAUCCAGAACUGUGGCAGAUUGCUAACAGCGGCAUGCAGGAGAUCAAUGAAUUCGAGCACAAUCCCCCGGAUCUAUCGAACAUGGAACAUCCAUUUCAUCCAACACGCAAAUCCAAAGCCUAAACCAAGUGUCGAAUUGCAGAUUUAAGUGCAUUUUGCUGUGCUUGUUGCAGCAUUCAUAUAUAUGUAAUAUUAUGUAUACAAUAUAUAAACAUUAAAAUCAAGGAUUAAUACCAAUACAAUUCAAAGUGUUAAGGAACCGAAUGUUCUAACAGAUUGUACAUUAUGUAUGUAUUUAAGCCUUACUUUAAUUUAAAGUAAUUAUAUACUUUUUCCGUUUAGUUUUUAAAAAGGAUUUCUUCGGUUUCGACAUACUACUUAUGAAUUUAUUAGGUUCCCGUAUUAUUCCCUGUUUAAAGCAUAUUUUUACACAAACCCAAUAAAUAUAUCACUGUUUACUAAAAGA